AUGAGGUUUGAGGAGAUCCUAGAUGAUGUUGGUGGCUUCUCCAAGUUCCAGUUCCUGGUCCUGCUCAUCUUGUGUCUUCCCCGUGCCAUCCUUCCACUCCACUUUCUCCUGCACAACUUCAUCUCAGCCAUACCUCCUCAUCGUUGCGCUAUCCAGAGUACAGAAGAAAAUGAUAAGGGCAGCUGGGACUCCAACCCUGAGGUGCUGGCCCUUAGGAUUCCCUACCAGGCGGAUGGCUCCUUUAGCUCGUGCAGAGUUUAUAGUCCCGUGCCAGCCUUCAACUUCAGCCAGGGAAACCAGUCUACACCUUGUCCACAUGGAUGGAUCUAUGACCAAUCACAGUUUAUUUCCACAACUGCCACAGAGUGGGAUCUGGUGUGUGACAACAAACAUCUGAAUCAAGCUCUGGCUACCUACUUCUUUCUUGGGGUCACAUUUGGAGCCAUUCUGUUUGGACAACUUUCUGACAAGUUUGGUCGUAAGUCAAUGAUUCUCGUGGCUUUCCUUGCCUCCACAACGCUAGGAGCCACUGCUGCCUUCUCCAAUUCCUACAUCAUGUUUGCGAUCUCCAGAGCACUCUGUGGUGCGGCCCUCAGCGGGAUGUCAAUCAUUGGUGUGGUCCUCGGUAUUGAAUGGAUAGAUGUAAAGCAUCGGACCUUUGCUGGUACUGUUAUAAGUUUGUCUUGGAGUGUUGGGAACAUGCUUCUGGCUCUGCUGGCCUACUUUAUACGAGACUGGAGACACCUGACCUUUGGAGUGACAGUGCCCUGCAUUGCUGCUAUCAUCUCCUGGUGGUGGCUUCCUGAAUCAGCCCGCUGGUUGCUGGCCAAUGGCAGAGUGGAGGACGCCAAGAAGUAUCUGGUUCAGUGUGCUAAAAUCAAUGGGAAGAAUGAAUACACAUCCAAACUGGAUACUGAGGUUCUGGCAAAGGUGACAGUUUCUGAGGUGACUGAGAAGAACCACUCCUACCUGGAUCUGGUCAAAACACCUCAGCUGAGGAAGAUUACUGUCGUCUCUGGAUUCUUCUGGUUUGCUGUUGCUUUCCUGUACUAUGGGAUCAGUUUCAAGAUCUCAGGUUUUGGCGUCAAUAUCUACCUCACUCAUUUCAUUUAUGGUGCCAUUGAAGCUCCUGCCAAAGUCCUCACCUUCUUCAUCUUGGACCGGAUUGGCCGACGAAAUGGCCAGGCGUGGUUUCUAAUCAUAACAGGAUCUCUGACUGGAAUAAACACAUUCAUCCCUCUAGAGUACUCUGUAUUUCGUAUGUGCAUUGCUGUGGUGGCAAAGGGUUUCUCUGAGGCGGCAUUCACCACAGCAUUCCUUUAUUCAACUGAACUCUACCCAACUAUCCUCAGGCAGUGCGGUAUAGGUUACACCUCAUGUGUCUGUCGGAUUGGGAGUUCCCUAGCUCCAAUGAUCAUGAUGCUGGAGGAUAUCUGGCUCCUUCUCCCCCCUCUGAUUUUUUCUGGCACUGGAAUUAUCAGCGGCGGCUUGGUCUUCCUGCUCCCAGAGACGCUGAAUGUCCAUCUGCCUGAAAACAUCAUUGAUGUUGAGGAGGGAAGACACAGGCAGACUGAUGCAAAUGGACAUGUAGAGACUGAGCUGAUAAACUGCACAGACGCAGCAGCAUCAAAGGAAGACUGAUCAGCUGUUGGAACAGCAGUGAAGACAAGAAAUUCUUCUUGAUGAUCGUGGUUGAUUAAUAAGUGAAUUAUUGUUGUCCGUGGGGAGCUUACAGACUGGGGACUAGUGUUUUCUGAUUUUCAUUUAGACCAAAUAUUGUUUCAAUUAGGACUGUUCAGGACAACAUAGCACACACCAAGUUUGUCCAUUUAAUGUUUUAAUUCUUGAAGACACAUUUCAAAACUGUCAACUAACUGCCUAACUGCUUUCCAACCACCUAAUGUA